AUGGACGAAGACCCUGAUUUCGACUACGAGAUGGAGCCUCAUGGUGCGGAUGCCCUCCUGCAAUCCGGCCAGGAGGAGGUUAUGGAGGAUGCCGGAAGCGACGUCGUGAUCGCAUCGAUCGCUUCCGGUCAGCAUGGGUCGGAAGACCAGGCGAGUCUCGACAUCGACUUCCAUGACACCGCCGACCUGCACCAGCAGAGCCAAGCAAUUACGACGCAGGCUGGGCUAGCGUUUCCUACACCGUCCUCCUCUUCGUAUAUGGAAAAUGCACCUGUCACCGCUUCGAUCUCUGCUUUCCCGCAAGCUUUCCCGCACAAAGCCGAAGCGGCUGAACAAGCUGCACCGCUCGGCGGAUCCACCAUAUUCUCGCCACCUCCGAGCGAAGCGACGGGCGUACAUUCAUCCUUUGCCUCUGCAUCCGUCCGACCAACCAGCCCUUUGAUAACCAGCCACGAGCAGAGCUCCAAAAUGCCAGACGGCUCGCAAGAACCUCGGCACGAGAGCCUGGAAGAUCACGGCAUCCGUGCGCCCUUGGCACAAGAGCAGCUCAACCUUGGUGUCUCCUCGACAACGGCAAACGACCAAGAGGAGAGGGAAGAGGAGGAGCUCGAUCAGCUUGAAGGCGCUGAAGAGGGAGCGCAAUCGACCAACGUGGCGGAAGACGGCGACCAUGGUGUUCAGAACGACGCCCAACAAGGCUACGAGCAGAUGGAGUACCAGAGCGUCGGAGCUGUGCGCGUCAACUUCAACGGGCAGGACUUUGUGGUAUGGCCCGCCACCGAGAUUGCUGCUUACCUCGCUGCGCCAGACGCUGCGCAAGGCGGUGAUCAAGAGGAGCACGCGGAAGAAGAGCUGCUGCAGAUCGAGGCACCUGCGCUCGAAAUGAAGCAAGACGUGCUCUGGCAGCCGCUGGACAGCUUCUUUGCAGGUCUGAGGGAGAAGAGCGCGCUCGGAGACUUUCUCGACGAGUCGCAAGAGCUUCAUCUGGCCUUUCCCGACUUGGACCUCGAAAUCUCGGAGGACAACUUUUACUGUCGCGAGAUCACCCUGGACGAUCUCGGGCAGCUGCACAGUGGACUCGGACUUGCAACCAGUCUGCACAUCGAAGUCUCGGAACGUCCGAGGUUCAUCACAAAGUACAACGACCUUGCGCAGCAGGUUGCCGGGCUCCUUGGUCAUCAGCUGCAGCACGAAAGCGAUGAUUCCGAAGCCGAGGCUGACACUUCUGAGCCGCACAACGUGGCGAUCGCCAAAGACGACGCAUCUCCAGUCGCAACAUCUGGUUUGUCAACAGGAAGAAGCGACCCGGCCGAAGCUGCGAGUAAUGAUGCGGAGAGGCAGCAAUCUCACGCAAAUGGCAUUCCUGCAGCAGUCGAGAGUGAGCAGGAUGCCUCGCAGGCACCACUUGAAUCUCCUCAACACCAGAACAAGAACGGUCACGGCGCCGACGACAUCGAUCAAGCCACUUCGAUUGCUCGUGGCGACGCCGCAGGCUCCAUUGCCGAAGCCAGCGGCACCGGUCAACCGCAUCCUGUCGUCGUAGAGACUGCUUCGUCAGAGGCGCUCGACGAGCAGGAUGAGCUCGACGAAUUGUCGCAUGUAGGCGACGGAGCCCAGGGUCAUGCAGAGGAGCAUCAAGACGAAGCAGGAGUUGCAGAGCAAGAGCAAGGUGGAGGCGGAUGCGAAGAGGAAGUGCAGGAGGAAGGCCAAGGAGAGGCAGAACCUCGCAAUGCCCACUUCGAAGAAGAGCCAGAAGACGGCGAUGACGGGCAAGAGGGCAGCGAGGAGGCGGCGGGCAUUGGAGAGGAGGGCGGCGAGGAAGAGGCAGAGGAAGUGCUUGCGUACGGAGAGGAGGCGUACGAAGAGGAAGAGGAUGAAGAGGAUGCGUACGAGGGUGAAGAGCAGGAGUGGUACGAGGAGGAAGAGGGAGAGGAAGCUUACGAAAACGAGGCCGGCGGCUUCGACCCGGAAGCGGAGCAAACCUUCUAUACGACCCUGAGUGACGCUUCCGACGGCGAGGAGGACGAACUGGAUGAAGCGCCGCAACAAUCGGUUGGAGAAGGCGCCGCCGCCGAGGAUGGCGCCGCAGUGGGUGCCGAAUUAACGAACGGGGAAGCCAACGGCCACGAGCCACACAUUUGGCAAGCGACGGACGAGGAGCAGAUCCUCGAGUACACUGAAGAGCAGGACGAGGACGAGUACGGGCAGGAUGAUGCGUCGGCAUUGGGAGCAUCGACGGCGGCGCACUCUCAUCCGCAACUCAAGCGGCUCCACGCCGACGAAGACGACGAGAACGAUGACGAGGCUCAGUACGAGGAGGGCGAUCACGAGGCCGAAAGCAAACGCGCCAAGGUGAUGUGA